GCUGACUACUAUUGGUGCCAAACGACGUAAAACAUCUGUAAUAGACGAGACAGUCGGUGGAGCUGCAGGGACCAUCAGAUAUCAGCACCACGGAUCAAACCCACAGUACAGUUUGACGAUGCAGGGGGGUGGACACCAUGCGUACAUGAGGACGGGUCAAGGAUGUAUGGAGACAACAUGCAGCGCGUUGAGCACGAGGCAGCCUGGCCCCUGGAGAAACAGACGAGCAUCAAAGAACAGAGCGGCAGCGGCUUUUGGUCAAGUUCCUAUGGUCCGUUUGCUGGAUCAGCCUGUGUAGACCACUUCUCACUGGAUCCAAACAGAACAAAACCAGAGGUUCAUUCUACUGUGGGCCAGAUGCACCAAAUAAAUACCCCCACACUCUUUUCACCUGAACUCUUCGAUGAACAUGGACCUUCGUCUUACAGAUUUAGGAGCUCGUCUGCAGGUGUGUUCCAGUGUAAAUUGACCAGACUGGUGUUUAAGAUGACUCAGGGUGGUGAGCUGGUGUAUUGGAUCAUCCAGUGGGACGAGGACCUCCUCAACUCAGCUGGAAAGACCCCUGCAGGUCCACUCUUUAGCAUAAGUUGUUCUGAGGGUUCUGUUUCUCAGCUGCACCUCCCACACUGUGGAAAUCUACCUGGCCUCUCCGUGGUCCACAUUAGUAAUGAUGGGAUGAGCAUCCUUCAGCCCCUGGAGAUCACAGCCUCUCACGUGGUCGUGGAUGUACCUCACUUAUCUGCCUUUGGCUUGGUGUGGGAUAUCAUCAAACGUCUUCUAAACAUCCAGAUACAAAUAUGUGGACAAGUGCUGUUGUUCUACCGACCGCAGUACAAGAAUCAAAGCCAAAAGCUCAACGUGUUUCUGCUGCCAGAAAAUGUGCCGCUGCAAGAGGUGAAAUGCCAGCAGAAGAUGGCGGAGUACAUCGAGGCGCCUUCCUCUUGUCUGCUCACUACAGGCCAGUUUUACAGUCUUCUCUGUCCUGAGGCCCACAUGAUACAGCCUGAGUGUGCUCUGUUUGACCUGAAGUAUGGACCAAACUACCACCCAACAUUUGAUAUUCGAAUGACUCCGAACACAAAGGAAGUUACUGUGAGAGUCCGAGACCAAGAGGAGAGACAUGUCUGGGCGUAUCGUGCUGAACUACCUGGCCAGACAAUCCACACUAUAACCAGUGACUCAUCCUCAUCACUCCAUGGACUACUAACAGAUGCAGAUGUACAAGCAGCUCCAGCCUUCAGUCUCCUGUCAGCCCAACCUCCAUCCACUGAGCCAGGAUCAUCGUCUCUGGUCACAAGUGACAGAAGAGGUGGAAGGCCCUCCUCAGCUCCAGGCCCAUCCAGCCAGUUAAUCCACACUAUAACCAGUGACUCAGCCUCAUCAAUGCAUGGACUAGUAACAGAUGGAGGUGUACAAGCAGCUCCAGCCUUCAGUCUCCUGUCAGCCCAACCUCCAUCCACUGAGCCAGGAUCAUCGUCUUUGGUCACAAGUGACAGAAGAGGUGGAAGGUCCUUCUCAGCUCCAGGCCCAUCCAGCCAGUUGACCCACACUAUAACCAGGGACUCAUCAUCACUGCAUGGACUAGUAACAGAUGGAGGUCCUCAUCCGAGCUGCUACAAUCCAAACAUGCCUCUGACUUCACAUGUUCAAGAAGAUAAGAAGCUGAAGUCUGUUCGGGUAGAGUUUAUUAACAGAGUGUCUGAUCCUGUUCUGAAGAAUCUGCUGGAUGAGCUUCUGCAGAAGGAGGUUAUAAACAGUAGUGAACUGGAAGAGAUGCAAGCCUUGUCCAAGGCAGACAAAGCUAGAAAGCUGAUCGACACCGUGGUGAAAAAAGGACCAGAGGCUUGUAAAGUCAUGAUCGACGCUUUCCGUAUAUUAGAUCCAUUUGUUUUUGAAACAUUGAAUUUACACUGAAAUUAAAAUGAGCUUCAAAUCUGUGUAUUUUGAAAACUCAAAAACAUGGACGUCAGUGUUUUAAAAAUGCCUUGUUUAUACUGGAACACACAGAGUUUAACAUAACAAGUAUUUGUAUUCAGAGCAUUUUAUGUUGUUAAUGAUUUGUCAAAUGCUUUUUUUUUUUUGUGGAUAACACCUCUUGGAUAUUUUUCUGUGUGGAAUGACAAAAUAUGUCUGUUUUUAAUGGAUGCAAUACAUUGUUUUUAUAUUUUA